CAAAAUUGCAGUUGUGAAACAAGUUUAGUACAACGUGUGGAGAAUUUUCUAUCAAAACAUCAUCAUGGGUGCAAUAAUAAAAGCGAUCAAUGAUCGCCAGUCGUCUGAAUAUACCAUCAUUAUCAUAAACAACUACAACAAUAACAGUAACAACAACAACAAAAACAACAACAGCCAUAAAGCGAUGAAAGUGAAUAAUUAUUACACUGUGAAUAUGAUAUGUGAUUUUAUUGAUUACCUGAUUAAACUUAAUGUUGAUCAUAGCUUAAGUGUAGAAAGAAUCGUUUUAUUACAUCAUCAAAAACAACACACAACAAAUGACCAAAACAUAGUUGAUAAGGCCAUACUCCAUUUAACCGAAAGCGAUAACCAACUUGUGACGAAUGUACCAGCUACAAUUACUGUUACACUUAGCGAUAAGCGCAAAUCAUCUGAAUACACAUCGUUUGACGAGCUUUUGAGAUUAACUGAACGGCAGCAACAGCUGGAAGCAUCAGGCAAAACUGUUUCUCACUUACUUCGUCUUUGUGGUGGAGGCGAAGGUUCAUUGAAUAAUGGAACAAGCGCUUGGGGUUCGCCCCCGAGUAACCCUAAUGCAGGCUCUUGGGGUGCAGUUGCUCCUCAACAACAGCAAGGAUGGGGUAAUGCGGCACCGAAUGUAAACCAAAGACCGGAUUUGAACAAAGCAAUGCAGUCUUCUCAAGUAGCAGGAUCCGGUGGUGGUCCUCUGGUAGGCCCGAACAACACUGGAAAUAACAGCUGGAAUCAGGUUGUCAACCCAAAUAAACCACCACUUCAACCGCCACCUCAGCAACAGCAGCAGCAGCAACAACAACAGCAACAACCACCACCACAACAACAGCCAAAUCAGCCACUCCCAUUAGGAAAUCCAGGUAAUAGCACAAAUCAACCUCCUACACCUCAACAACAAGCACAACAGCAGCAACAACCAAUGCCCGGACCGGGCAACAAUUCUCAGCUGGUGUCACAACAAGGUAUUACUGCACAAAGUUCUUCGUCAAAACUCGAACAUCUUAACUCCAUGCGUGAAGCAUUAUUUAGUCAAGAUGGCUGGGGUUGUCAGCAUGUUAACCAAGACACUCAAUGGGACGUUCCGGCUUCGCCAGAACCAGUUAAGGAUGCGCUCAAAAUCAAUAUGAACAAUGGAACUGAACUUUGGGAAACUAAUUUGCGUAACGGUGGGCAACCGACACAACAACCUACCCAAAAGACACCAUGGGGUCCCUCUAGUAACAUAGGCGGAACAUGGGGUGUCGAUGACGACAGUAAUGCCGAAAAUAAUAGCGUCUGGACAGGUGGUGCCACUGGGGGAGCAAAUCCUCCGGUAUCCGGACAACCUGGUUGGAAUCAAAAUAACAAUACUAUAUGGCCACCAAAUGUUGCUAAUGCUCCACCGAAAAAAGAACCCGAAUGGACAAAUAAUGUUGGCGUUAGUGGAUCGAGUGGAAAUAACUGGGAAAAUCGUGGAGCUGCAGCUCCGCCGCCGCCACAUAUACCAACUCCUCAGAUAGAUAUGAGCAACGUUGAUUUGCGAAAUAUGCGCCCACCGGGUAAUAUAGAACCUAGUCGUGAGUUUAGAGGAGAUCCUCGUGGAAUUUCAGGUCGAUUGAAUGGUAGUUCAGGAAUGUGGGAUCAACACCAAAUACCCAACACACCGCUGAAUAAGAUGCCUCCACAAGCACCAAUACUAAACGCAGCUACUGGUAAUCAAUGGCCAGUUGGCGCGGGUGGGCCACAAAAUAUUCCCCCAACUAAGCCUCAAACUGGGUGGGAUGAAUCAUCACCUCCAGCAAGUCGCCGAAAUAUGUCCAAUUUGGACGAUGGAACAACACUAUGGGGUGGAUCAGGUAAUCCUAAUCGUUCCAAUGGUCCCGAUCCUAUGAUUCGCAGUGCUAGAAAUCCUCUUGCAGCAAAUUCAGGGCCAAUCGGUGGACCAGGUGGUCUUGGAGGUCCACGUCUAGGCGGACCUGGCGGAAAUCAAAUGAAAGCGGAUAAUAUGUGGGGACACGGUGGGCCUGGUGCAAUGUCUCGAAAUGCUUCCUGGGAUGAUUCAGGAAAUAUUAGCAAUUGGGAGGAAAAAGGACCUGGCCCGCUAGGGACAGCAGCAGGUGGAGGUGGAUCAUCAUGGAAUGAGGGACCUAAUAAUCCUGCGACAUGGAAUGCGAAGAAGCCAAUUAUUGGAGGCUCUAAUGUUUGGCCUGAAUCGUCAGACAUAAUGGGUGCAGGAGACUGGACCACUGGUGUCGGUGUAGGAAAACAACCUAAUAAACACAAUCCACAGGAUCUAAUUCGCAGCAGCAAACAGUUCCGUAUUUUGUAUGAAAUGGGAUUCAAAAAAGAGGACAUUGAGCAGGCUCUUCGCCAGGCCAAUAUGAGUUUGGAGGAAGCGAUGGAAAUGUUGCAGCGUAAUAACGGCAACAAUAACAUGCCGGACUGGAGGCGCCACGAUGAACAUCCGGUAAAUUUCGAGCCACCGUUUUCCGGGGGACGCUACCCAGGUGGCGGUGGAGGCAGUGGCGUUAAUUCAGGCCCAUCCAUGCCAUUUCAGCAGAAUGCACAAAAUGGACCUAACAAUAUUCCCGGUUCUAUGGGAGGCGGUAAUCCGAACUUGGCUAAUAUAAAUAGUCUCAACAAACCUCUUCAGAACUAUUUGAAUCAAGCUCCACCGUCGGGCCCCGGACCGUUCAAUCAAGGUCCGAAUGGUGUCGGUGGCGGUAAUGGUGGAGUAGGACAUGGAAAUGUGCUUGGUGGGGGUGGUUCUGGUCAAAACCCAUCUGCUCAGCCGUCUACCCAACAGUUGCGCAUGCUUGUUCAACAAAUCCAAAUGGCUGUGCAAGCCGGUUAUUUGAAUCAUCAAAUACUCAAUCAACCAUUAGCACCGCAGACAUUGUUCCUAUUGAAUCAAUUGCUGAAUAAUAUAAAGCAACUUCAAGUUACUCAGAAUAACCUGCGGGGUGGUGCUGCCGGCAACAAUCAAAUGUCUGUGAUACCUAAGAUCAAGCAGCAAAUAGCCGGGUUACAAAAUCAAAUUGCUACACAGCAAGCAAUUUAUGUAAAACAGCAGCAGCAACAGCAGCACCAACAACAACAUGGAGGAAACACUUCCAGUAUUGGACACUUGGGGGGAAAUUUCCACAGGGAGCCGAACGAUUUGACUACAUUGCAAAACAGUCUCUCAGAAAUAGGUCUCGGUAAGGAACCAACUGGUCCUUAUCAUCAUGGUGGAGGUAGCGGCAGUGGUGCCGGAAGUGCUGCUGGUGGCGUUGGUUCUGGUGGUGGUAGUACUGGUGGCUCCACUAGUCAACAAUCCCGCUUGAAUCAGUGGAAGCUGCCUACUAUGGAGAAGGACACUAUGCAUGAGCUGACCGAUUUCUCAAGGGCUCCAGGAACUACUGCCAAAUCUACGUUAUCCACGAGUGGUUCGACUAUGGCAGGGCUUGGUGGGUUGCAAGGCGAUAACACUUGGUCAACAGGACGCGGUAGUAUUACUGACGGAUGGCCAGACUCAGCUGGAGAUAGUACCACCAAAGAUUGGCCGUCGAAUCAGGAGUCGUUUACAGAUCUGGUACCAGAAUUUGAACCUGGUAAACCCUGGAAGGGUACACAGAUGAAAAUUGAAGAAGAUCCAACCAUUACACCCGGCAGUAUUGCUCGUAGUCCUAUUGCGUCUAUUUCUAUCGGAUCUGCCAAAGAUUCUGAUUUGUUUGCUACAAACAGUAAACCGUCACCGACUGAUUCCAUUAGUUUGUCUUCUUCAACCUGGAGCUUUAAUCCGAGUAAUAAUAACUUUUCCGGCUCUAUUUCAAAAAUUGGGGGUACCAAAAAUACUUGGUCUGACUCGGCUUCAUCGGAUCUCUGGGGCACUGGACUGGGAGCUGGUAAUGCAACUGGUAAAACUCCUCGCGGUCCUCCUCCAGGGUUAUCUGCUGGCAAAAAUGCUGGAGGUUUUGCAUCCAAUGGGUGGACACAACGUCCAGGGCAAACUGGCAACUGGCCUUCUGGUGGAGGUGGACCAGGAUGGUAUUCAACAUGGGUCCUUCUGAAGAAUCUCACAGCGCAGAUUGACGGUUCAACACUACGUACCUUGUGUAUGCAACAUGGACCUUUGCAGAAUUUUCAUCUCUACUUGAAUCAUUCGAUCGCUUUGUGCAAAUAUAUGUCUCGUGAGGAGGCUAGCAAAGCUCAACAAGCACUGAACAACUGUGUGCUGGGCAACACCACCAUCUGUGCUGAAUCAACGACGGAAAGUGAUGUGCAUGCCAUUUUACAGCAUUUGGGUGUGCCAGGAGGAAAUAAUAAUAAUAAUAACAACAACAACAACAACAAUAAUAAUAUGAAUGUCGGUUCUGGUGUUGGCGUUGGUAACAACGGCAAUGUGCAAACCUGGCGCCCGGGAUCUCAGCAGUCAGUUGUUCGUACGACAGAUACCUGGGGCUCUGGCUGGCCUUCAUCAGGUGGUGGUUCCAACUUGUGGACUCCGCUAGAUGGUCCAACCGAGCGCGGAACACCAUCCAACUUGAACUCAUUUUUGCCGGAAAAUCUGCUUGGUGGGGAGCUGAACUGAGUAAACAGAGCC